AGUACUUCGUCUGAAAAGAAGAAAUAAACACUAGUGGCAGCGGUACAGCAGAUUGCCUCUCCUCCAGUCUGGGUAUGCAGUAACAAUGGAGACUUCCGAUGAAGAAAACUUUGGUGUAGCCAUCUCCUCCCCUUGUGAGGCAGAGUUUGAUGCAGUUGUUGGGUAUCUGGAGGAUAUCAUAAUGGAUGAUGAUUUCCAGUUAAUACAGAGGACUUUUAUGGAGAAGCACUACCAGGAGUUUGAUGACUCGGAAGAAAACAAGCUCAUCUAUACUUCUAUUUUUAAUGAAUAUAUCUCUUUAGUAGAGAAAUACAUCGAAGAAAAAUUGCUUGAUCGGAUUCCUGGUUUCAAUAUGACUGCUUUCACAAUGUCAUUGCAACAGCACAAAGAUGAAAUGGCAGGUGAUAUAUUUGAUAUGCUUCUCACAUUUACUGACUUCCUGGCUUUCAAAGAAAUGUUUUUGGAUUACAGAGCUGAAAAAGAAGGUCGAAGUCUGGAUUUAAGUAGUGGAUUGGUGGUGACUUCAUUAAACAAGUCAUCAAUAUCCUCCUCCUAGAACAGUUUAUGCGGUACUUUCCUUCUCCAGAUGAGUGCUGCUGCUUUCAUUUGGACAUGAAAACACUAAAGCUCACAAAAAUCAAGGUGCUUUUACCUGAUAAAAACUCAUUCACCCUCCAGACUGUACCUUCAGAGGCCUGAGUGUGAAAACAUCUGUUUGUGAGUUCUCAUUGGUAUUCAGUCACCGCAGAAGAAGAAAUUUCCCACUCUACCAGUUACUGUUUUUAAUAAAUAUGUACUAUUUGUACACCACCUGUUGUGCAUGCUGAGAAGCCCAGCACGCUGAGAGGACAAUAAACAGGCUUGUCCUUGUGUUAUUUGGGUUGGGAUCUUCACCAUCUCCCCAGAACACACAACUUUUCAGAAUCAAGACAUCAGUGUAAAAAGAACAUGUCCCUCCAGCUCUUGGAAGGGCGGGUGCGAAUACGUAACUUCCGAGUUCUGCCCUGUCAGUAUUUUCUUGUUGCUUUCUUGUUUGGUUGUUGUUUAGGUUUUUUUUUAAAUACUCUAAUACGAUCUUAAAUGCUCCAGCUUUCUAAUGGAAGAAUAUGUUUUAAUAUGUAGAUAUUCUCGCAUGAGACUGUCUCUCCACUCUGACAAUCGAUACCUUAUGUGUGGAAAUCUCUCUGCUCUCUGGCUUUUCUAAGUUUCACCCUUAAUGUGCAACGUUCUCCAAUUCACUUUUGUUCUACGUUGGGAAAAAUAACCACAAUAAAUCUAAAGCUGGCCUAGGUAUGCAA